CGAAUGUUCGUGUACAGCCAAUGAAAGAUCGCGUACCUUAGAGUUUGAGUCUCCUGGACCUGCCGCCAUUACACUGGAGCAUGCUUGUUGGCUUUUAGUCGUUUUAAUGCAUUUUAGUAGUAAUUGAAGGCAAAUUGCCAAUAUGCCAACAAAAAUAUUUAUUGGAAAUUUGGGACCAGAUACACAAGCACAGGAUUUGCGUCCAUUGUUCGAAAAGUAUGGACAUGUCUCAGAAUGUGAUGUACUCAGGAACUAUGGCUUUGUGCACAUGAGUGACGACAAUGAAGCACAGGUUGCUAUAACAGAACUUGAUGGAUAUUCCAUCCAUGGACACAGAAUGAGAGUUGAGCGAUCCACAGGGAAGAGAGGUGAAGGCGGUGGAAAAGACAGAGCUCGAGGUGGUGGCAGGGGCAGGGGAAGAGGAGGUAUAGGCAGGGGUUCCGGCAGGGGGUCUCCCCGAGGAGGUGGCGGAGGAAUCAGAGAUUCUUACGGAAGCCGGUACCCUCCACCCCAUCCGUACGAUAGAUAUGAUCCCUAUUACAGAUAUCCUUACCCAGAGCGGGAUCCUUACUACAGACCCCCUCCUCCCAGUGACAGGUACCCCCCAAGGAUGCCCCCACCCCCACCCCCAGGUGAUCGUUAUCCUCCUAGAGAUAGAUUGCCUGCAGGGGAAAGGCCACUACCUCCACCAGACAGACGAGCAGCAUAUCCUGAUCCCCGGGAUCGAAUGCUUCCACCCCCUAGAGAUAGAUAUGGGUAUCCAGAGGAAAGAAGUCCAUAUGAACGAAGUCCCUAUGAGAGAGCUCGGCCUCUGGAUGUACCUUCAGACCCCUAUUAUAGAGAACGUAGCCCAGUGGCGAGACCACCCCCAGAAUACUAUGAACGACCAUUGGCAGACUAUCCCCCUCCUGCACGACGCCCAGCUCAGGAAAAUGGCCAAGGGUACCCUAAUGGUUAUGACUAUUACAGCAAGCGACCUGACUAUCGAGACCUGGAGAGACCGGUCGUGAGCAGUCACUCCGCUCCCCAGUACCAGCAGCCCAGGAUGUCAGGGGCAGGGAGCACCUCUGCACAGAAGAAUCCUUACGAUAGCCAGUCACUGUUACAAACAGGACCAAUAUUCUUUUAAGAUAUGUUAUGAUAUAGUAAACUUUUGAGUAGGACAUGAUCAGGACUGUUGAUAUGGUUACACACACAUUCUUAUGCUGUCUCCCACCUCAUUCAGUCGUAAUUACCGUGACGUCCGUGAUGGUUUCUAAACCAGUCUUAGAAAUAUUAUCAUGAUGACAUGGUGUUUGUAAUUAAAUAUCUGGUAAAUCAGUUGUACUGAUAAGAAUAUUCUUCAGCUCCAUUGGGUUUUCUGGGGCUGUUGGGUAGCCGAGUGGUUAAGCAUUCACUCUUCAUGCCAAAGGCUCGGGUCGAUUCCCAAAUGGGUACACUAGGUGAAGCCCAUCUCUUGUGCCCAUCCCGUGAUAUUGCUGGAAUAUUGCUUAAAGCGGCAUGAAACCUCACUCACCCAUUCAGUGUUCAGUUCCUUGGAAAUGACCUUUUUCUCAGUAUUUUGUAAGUGGACUAGCUGCAUAGUUCCUCCAUGACGGCUGGACUAUGCGGCUCGUGUAUCACCUGUCCUGAUCAAUAAUAUACAUUGUACCUGUGAGGAUGCAUCGUGUCAAGAGAUUUCAUGUUCCCAUUGUCAUUGUUUUGUUCAUAUCAUCCACUAUUUUCAUGACAUGUCAGACAAAAGUUUUUACAAGAUUAACUUUGUAAGAUUGAAUGUUGCACUGCUUAGCCGCCAUCCUUGUGGCAUUGUAUGAACAAAUGUUAAGAACAAGUAUAGGUGAUCCGAGUUUUAAUGGGCCCGCCAACUAUUGGUUAUGCAAUGUCAAGUUCAGUUUUCAGCUCAUGGUAGUUUCCCUGUCUAUGUUCUCUGACAAGUGUUCUCAAAUUGAGUUUGUUAGGUACCUCAUGAAGUCUUUAUGAAUUGUUACUUUUUCAUCUGUGUGUAUAUAUACCUUAUCAGUUUGAAAUAUGCAUUCUACCAUACAAUAUUGUCUCUCUUGCUUAAAUGUUCUGUUAGCAUCUUACCUUGUUAAAAGAAAAUGUGUUCUAGCUUAUGUGAAACUUUGUAAACAUCCGCCAUUUAAUUAUUACCUCAUUUGAGUGUUCAUCUUGUCCCAGGGGUGAUCUUGUAGGUGAUUUAGUGAUCCUAACAUGACCUAGGCACGUUCUUCAUUAUUGGAAUACUCAGUUUAUCUCUGAUUACACUUGAUCUGACCCAUGGCAUCCACAUGUUGAAUGGUGUGAUAGAGAUGAAUGGUACUCCCAUGUGCGUAAAUGUUUAACAAGAAUAUUUUUUCAUGACCAUUUCCAUGAACAUCGUUCAACUGCCACUGUUUUUGUAUUCAAAUGCAGCACACAAAUUCAUCCCCCAACACAUGUACUUAAUCAGCUAGCGUUCAUAGUGCUUCCUUUUUUGUGGUGGGUGUUAGACAUGAAAUUCAUACACAAGCAUUAACUUGUCACUUGUUGACCACAUUUCUCUUCUGAUACUCGUAACUAGUUAUCAAAAUGUGUGCCUUUACCGACAAGUAGGGCUUAUGGUUGAAUGUACAUAAUCUUUUUUUCUAUUACGAUUGUGAUUAGAUUAGAAAUGUAAGCAGUUCACAUCUUCAUGUUUGACGCUUUGUCUACCAUAGCAGUGUGUAUGGUGGGGAUAGGGUUAAACCCAUGUGCACACUGACUGUCCGGUGUGUAUGGUGGGGAUAGGGUUAAACCCAUGUGCACACUGACUGUCCGGUGUGUAUGGUGGGGAUAGGGUUAAACCCAUGCGCACACUGACUGUCCGGUGAUGUCAUAUCUGCUGGCCUCAACAAUCAUGGCAGCUAUUCUAAAUCAUGUUACCAUGGUUACCUUUCAAUUGUCAGUGAACAUAGCAGGAUUUGUACCAGGUCAAUCACUUUGUCAAUUAUGAAAAAACGAAGACUCUAGUAAAGACUGUUCGGUUUAAUUGCUAAUCUGUAUUGUUGUAUUUGUAGAUGUAACGAUUUAUUUGAGCAUUCGUUUCUUUUUAAAGUUGUGUUUAGUACAGUUGUAAGGAAUCUCAGUUUCAGUGGAUUUUUAAUGCGAUUGUUAGAAAAAGUUCUUAGGUCACACAGUGUUGAGUUUGAAGUAAAUUGUAUGUAAUUCAUGAAGUAAAUACAGGUAGUCAUGUUCUGAAUUUUGUACUUCUCGCACCUCAUGUUAUUUCACAUAGGUCGUUAAAUUGUGUCCAUUGAAUGUCAGAUGAUCAUACCAUGUGUUUGUAAUGAUGUGUUUCACUUUGCUUGGUAGGUGUUUGUGUUGUAGGUUGAUCUUGCUAUAAGACUAUAUACCACAUCGUGUACAAAGAGCAGAAUGUGAACAUUAGAGGCCCUAUCCCAUCUCGGCAGGACAUAGGAAGAUUCUUUAAACAAGGCAACUCCAGUCUUGGAGCAUUUUUCAAAUAUGAUAGCUGGUAAAUAUUAUCAAUUUUAGAAAACUGUUGACUUUCACUGAAGGAUCAUACCAAUGCCAUCUUUGCACAGUGUGUGUUCAUUGAGGUGAACAUGGGCAUCGCCAAGCCACCACAGCUUGUGUACCAAGAUAUCUCAUACUGUUGUACAGUUUUUAAGUUCAUGUAUUCAACAGCAAAUAAACCAAAUUGUCUGUCA